AUGGCCAACAACACCACCUUUUCGACUCCGUUGAUCGCGACCCAAGUCUCAGUCCUGGACUUCUUUGUACCUGGAUCUAGUAGCAUCCUUGCCGCCAUCGAGCUUGUUCUGGGCACAAACAGCUACAUUCGCCCCCUCAUGCUCUGCAUGUUUCUGGCGUUCCUGGGCAGACGUGUGUUUCGCUUCGUCUGGGACGUGGCAGAGACCUACUUUGUUUCGACUGUCCACGUCCAAUAUGGCAGUGAAGUGUACGACAUGGUUAACCUCUGGGCAACCUCUCAACCAUUCGCUCGCAGGGCUCGGUCGUCUAUGGCCAGAGUCGGCUGGAAAAGUCCAUCCUAUUCAGAUUUUGAAGAGGAUCGUCAUCGAGGGCGAAGGCGGAAGAAACUCCUCUACUACCUUCCAUGGAAUGGAACGUUUUACUUUAGCUACAACGAGCAUCUCUUCUGGUUUCGCUCUAGGGAAAAAGAAAAUGAUGGCUACCUUCAGCAGGUGGUUACGGUCUCGUGCUUUGGAUCCCCAACAGUCCUGAGGCAGCUUUUCGAUGACUGCCGCGACGGGUACCUGAAGCUGACCAAUAACAAGACGGCUGUAUUCGAGUAUCUGCGUCAUGGCAAUUGGCAAAGGACGAGUUUGAAAAGCAUCAGGCCAAUCUCCACUGUUGUCAUGGACGAGGAGGACAAGGAGGGACUUCUACGGGAUAUCGAAAGCUUCCUGGACCCGGGAGCUCUCACAUGGCACGCCAACCGCGGCAUACCUUACCGGAGAGGCUACCUACUAUAUGGCCCUCCCGGGACCGGAAAAUCGAGUUUGUGCUUGUCUUUGGCAGGGCAUUUUGGCUUGGACAUGUAUAUCCUCAACCUCUCUGGCACUCACGGCGUGCCCUUGGACCAGGCACUUAUACGGGCUGGCCGUGUGGACAGGAAAUUGGAGCUUCCGAAUGCCGACGAAGACGCGGCGUUUCGGCUCUUCUGCAUGGUCUUCAAAGGUGCGAAAGGCGACAUCCCCGACCCGAAGCGAAAGGCCGAAGACGAUGAUGACACGGUGGAAAAUUAUGGUCGUCAAUUUGUAAGGAAGAUACCGGAUGGGGAGUUCUCUCCGGCCGAGAUACAAUCCUAUCUAGUGGAACACAGAGGCUCGGCUCGUAUGGCGUUGGGGAAGGUACAGGAAUGGAUGGACAGAACUCGAACAGAACGGGCGAAGAUGGCGAGGGCCAAUGCUCCCACUGCGGCCUCGCCCUCGACUAUGUGA